CUAUUUUUGUUUCUGUCUACAGGAAACUGCUCGACGCGCGGACUCUCUUUGAAUCGUCGGUCCUUUUAAAAGCGCGCGCGCGCUUGUGUAAAUGCUACUCAGGGGUCAGGACAGUCCGUGUUAUCUGUACGGUCCUCCUGACGUAAGCGGCUGUCAUUAAAAACAUUCUGCCGGUCGCUGUUCUGCGCGCUGCACCGUGAGCUGCACCAGAUGAAUGAAAUUCCCGGAAUGCAUAUGCUAGCCACCUGCCUGUUAGUCGCUGCUGUUUCAUAUUGGUACAGCAGCGAGCUUCUGACAGCGCUGCGUCUGUUUGUUUCAGACUCAGCCCUCAGCGGGGACAUGCCGGAACCCGAGGGGAAUCGUCGGUCACCGCAAGGUGUCCCUUACACCGACCUGCCGCACAUCGUCAACGCCGACGGACUGCACUUGUUCUGCCGCUACUGGGAGCCUGACAGUCCUCCGAAGGCGCUGGUGUUUGUUGCCCAUGGAGCAGCAGAGCACUGUGGGGGAUAUGCUGACAUUGCUCACAGCCUGACCCAGCAUGGCAUUCUGGUGUUCGCCCACGAUCACGUUGGUCAUGGUCAGAGUGAAGGUGAGAGAAUGGAUAUCAAAAACUUUCAGAUUUACGUUAGAGACGUCCUCCAGCACAUUGACAUUAUGAAGGGCCGGUACCCCAAGCUGCCAGUCUUCAUCAUCGGACACUCUAUGGGAGGGGCCAUUUCCAUUCUGACCGCAUGUGAGAGGCCGCAGGAUUUUGCAGGUGUGGUUCUCAUUGGCCCCUUGGUUCAAAUGAGUGCUGAAACUGCUACACCAUUUAAGGUUUUCAUGGCAAAACUUCUAAGCCGCCUGACUCCAAAACUCUCUCUUGGUGCAAUCGACUCACAGUGGGUCUCACGGGAUCCAAAACAGGUGGAGGCAUAUGACACAGAUGAGCUAAAUUUUCGCGGAGGGCUGCGCAUUUCGUUCGGAAUGCAGCUGAUGGAUGCGGUGGCUCGCAUCGAGAGAGAAUUACCCAACAUCACGUGGCCCUUCUUCAUUCUCCAUGGUGAUGCCGACAAGCUUUGUGACAUCAGAGGCUCUCAUCUAAUGUAUAAUGAGGUCAAGAGCACUGAUAAAAAACUGAAGGUAUAUGAAGAAGCCUACCAUGCCCUACAUCAUGACUUACCUGAAACAGUCGAGUCUGUCUUAAAGGAGGUGAGCACCUGGAUCCUGGAGAGACUGCCCGCCCCUCAUGCGUCUUAGCUGUCAAUCACCACAUGCACACAUGCCUAAGCCCCGCCCCCUCGACUGAAUCUUUCGUCUCUACUGACAAAGAGAUGUCUGAUUGCACUACAUGCCAACAAAACUACCCUCAUUCUAAUUUACCUAGGUGAUAACACAGAUAUGUAUAAGUAGAUGCCCUAUUAGCGGCUGUUUCUACGGGCCGCUUUAUGUAAGGCAUCCUCCAUACUGCAAUGGUCAAAACCUGUAUGUCUGCAACACUAGUAAUAAACAUGUAUGAAUAUCUACAUCUGCAAUAGACUUCAGCAGAUGGUUUUGCUAAAAUUACACAAUACAACAAGAUUAAUAUUAAAAAUAAAGGAGAAGUCCACUUCCAAAACAAAGAUUUACAUAUAAUGUACUCACCCCCUUGUCAUCCAAGAUGUUCAUGUCUUUCUGUCUUCACAAAUAAAUUAUGUUUUUUGAGGAAAACAUUUCAGCAUUUUUCUCCACAUAAUGGACUGAUAUGGUGCCCCGAUUUUGAACUUCUAAAAUGCAGUUUAAAUGCGGCUUCAAACGAUCCCAAAUGCGGUUGUAAACGAUCCCAGCCGAGAAAGAAGGGUCUUAUCUAGUGAAACAAUUGGCUAUUUGAAUAAAAAAUAAUACAAUUUAUAUACUUUUUAAUGCCAAAUGCUCAUCUUGUCUUACUCUACCUGAACUGUUUUUGUUCCGGUUCAUGACAGUUAGGGUAUGUCGAAAAACUCCCAUUUCAUGUUUUCCCUCAACUUCGAAAUCGUCCUGUAUCGCUGUUUUACCUUUUUUGUUAAGGGUGUUUGAUCUUUUUUGCAUGUUCACUUUGCAAAGACUGGGUCGGUACUUCUGCAGCAAUGUAGGAUGAUUUUAAAAUGAUUUUUGAAGUUGAGGGAGAAAAUACUAUUGGAGUUUUUCGACAUACCCUAACUGUUCAGAAUGCACAGAGUUCAGGGAGUGAAAGGCAACACCAGCGUUUGAGAUUAAAAAGUAUUUAAAUUUUAAUUUUUUUAAUGAAAAUAACUGAUCCUUACACUAGAUAAGACCCCUCUUCCAUUUGUGAAUGUGAAGCAUUUGUGAUUGUUUGAAGCCGCAUUUAAACUACAUUUUGGAAGUUCAAAAUCUGGGCACCAUAUCAGUCCAUUAUAUGGAGAAAAACACAGAAAUGCAUUUCUUUACGACUGAAGAAAGAAAGACAUGAACAUCUUGGAUGACAAGGGGGUGAGUACAUUAUAUGUGAAUCUUGAGUUUUGGAAGUGGACUUCUCCUUUAAUGCAUAUUAAAAACACAAACCAACACAUUCUUACCUGUGAAGGUUUACCCAGUUUCUUUAGGAAUUUACAUCAGGUCAAAUGUGGCACCUACCAAUAUAUAUAUCUAUGGGUUAUAAGAGGUCAUUAGUAAAUGACCUUUGACCUAGAGCUCCAAUUAAGCUUUAUUAAGGCCAGUAAGGGGUCUGUGGGAGUUUAUAUUCCCUGUUAAACUUCAAAGGCAUCAGCACUGCGGGGCAUGGCUUGUGUGUUACCAUAGCAAUCAUCAUGAGGAAUAUAAUGCACCCGGUUGCCCUCGGUGCUGAGCUCUCUUUUGUGUUGCCACGGUAAUAGAACGCAGCUGCAAUUUGCUCUUUGUGAUGUCCACUGCUCAUAAGAGGUGCAGUGCUGCCCCCGCUGGACAACAGUGGUACUGCAUUCUGCUGUGAGCGCAGUUACCAAGGCAACUCAUCCUUAUAUUGCUUAUGGCUUGGCAGAAAAACAAACUGAACCUACAGAAUGAGAAUAUGGUAAUGCUUUGAGACAUUCAGAGAGCAAAAUGUCUGCUGGACAAAUUUAAUAUUGCACUUGAAGAGAUCAGUUAGACUGUCUCUAUAGACACAUCUAUGCAGGAGAUCCCACAGAUUCCCAUAUGUACACUAUAUAUACCCACAAUAAGGAAAUCGGAAAGGUUUUUGGGUUUGUUAUAAAUUUCUUUUUGUGGUUUGACUGUUUCCAACACCUCAGACUGUUCUAUUCCUUUGAGUAUAUAGGGGAAGUGGCUGUUCUGCGGUUGGAUUUGCUUAAUAUGAAACCUAUUUACUGCUGAUUCUUCCUAAUGAGAUUUGGAAUUGUAAUAUCUCGUUCCUUUAUUUUUUACAAGCAUUUCGUUACUUUGACUACUUUGUUAUUAAUACAUGUUACUGUUGAAAUUAUAAUAUGUUCACAAUAGCUUUUGACCUCAUUGUAGACCUCAGGGUGCGCAUGGGGUUUGUAGCUCUAAAACAACACGAAAUUGUAAAAGGUCAGUCGUUCACACCAGCUUAACAUUUAACGCGACUGUUUUGAUUCAGACGAGGGAGAGUUUUGUUACAGAGACGAGGCAUUUUAUCAAUGAAUGUAGAAAAAUAAAGGUUUUAUUGAAUGUGGGACAUUUUUAACUGAAGCAACAAGCAAAAACUUUCUCUAGCUGAUUUUUUUAGAUCAUUGAGCGCUCUGAUUUAGGUCAGUUAUAACACUGCUAUCUGUGAUGUGAGCAGAAAUGAAAUGUCCAGCACAAGAUUGUAAAUAGUGAGCAUGUUUGUUGAGAGAAUAUUUAGAGAGCAACUAUAUAGUUUGGAUGUUUGUUUCACCCGUAAACCAUUUUAUUAAGUAUAUUGUCUCUUAAUAAUGAAAUGGAUCACAUGUACAUGAAAUGUAUGUAACGCAUCUUACGAGAAUUUGUAGGAAAACUCAGUCUUUAUCUGUGAUAAUCCUCUGUGACUUUGACUGUUUCUGUAACUGUUAUAAAAUCUUCCUGAGGUGGAAGUACUAGGAGCGCUGUGAUUGGAGGAGGGGCUAAUAUUCUCAAGGACAUUAUCUUUACAGUGGGCAAUAAUGCAUGAUUCAUUUGGAUUAGAAUUGUCCAUUUGAGUUGCUUGCCUUUACUAUGGCAUCUAAAGUCCUCUCCUACAGUUGCA